UGUUCUGUGUCUUUAGCGGAAAUCACCCAAGACCAAAACCACAGAAGCAGGGGUUGUGCACCCGUUUGGACACCCCUCCUUCUGUAAUAUUUCUUCCAGUGUGAGGCUGAAUGUGUUUUCAUACGGGUUGCUGACACACACAUCUGUCUACGAGGAGCGACGUUAGCACUUAAAGGAAACCAGAUCUGGCAUCACACACGGCCAUGUGGAGCAAUGGAAGGCCAAUAUGUAAACACUGUCUGACUCAGAGGAAUGAUGAAGACAGAAGAAGAAUUCUAAACUUAUAUUUAGCUGACCAAAUGCUAAUGAAGUCAACGGCUCAUCACAUGGUACACAUCUGUUAGGUACAUCGUGAAGGUAAAAUACAUUUGUAAAGCUGAAUGCAUAAACAAUACGUGGACAUUGUUUGGAUCUUGUUGAUGAAGAGUAGGCGUGCUCAGUCUGUGCCUAUGAUACAGGACUAACGGAGUCAACUGACAGUACUGGAUCAGGUGACCACGGAUGCAGAGAUGUAAGAAGAUGUCUGCAGUGCACAGGUUUUGACAAUCAACACUCUGCUGUGAUUUCUGCCACAUGUGGACUCUUCGAGGGAAAAAGUUGACUACUCAGCAGAAGACAAAUUUCUAAAUGUUUCCUUGAGAGGUAUCCCAGCAGUUGUUCUUCUCCUGCAGGACAACAAACUACUGACUAAUUUUUGAUUAAAAGGCAGAAGUCUUCACCAUGCCUCGGAACCGAGCGUUUUCUGAGCCAGAGUACUCAGCAGAGUACUCAGCAGACUGUUCUGUAACGUUGCCCUCUGACCCAGGGCAGGCAGUGGGGCGAACACAUGAGGUCACGGUACGGAGUUCAGGAUGCUGCCUUUGCCUGCCUCGAUUCAUGCGUCUCACCUUUGCACCUGAGUCUCUGGAGAACCUCUACCAGACCUAUUUCAGACGUCAAAGACAUGAAACCCUGCUGGUGCUUGUUGUGUUUGCUGCACUGUUUGACAGCUACAUCAUCGUCAUGUGUGCGGUGGUCUACACUACUGACAAGCUGGCUUCUGUUUUAGUAGCAUCAGUGGGGCUGGCAGCAGAUAUUAUCCUCUACCUACUGUGCCGCCAUGGGCUGCUGCCAGACCGCAUCUCACGACGGGUGGUGCCAUACGCCCUCUGGGUGCUCAUAGCAGCUCAGAUAUUCUGCUACCUGGGUCUGAACUAUGCUCGCUUCCACCAGGCCAGUGACACAGUGGGCUGGCAGGCCUUCUUCAGCUUCUCCUUUUUCCUAACUCUGCCUUUGAGACUGACACCUAUUGUGCUUAUCACUACUGUGUCCUGUGGGGUCCACACCCUGGUUCUAGGUGUCACCAUCGCCCAGCAGCAACAGGAGGACAUUCAGGGCGCAGCACUUGGCCGACAGCUACUGGCCAACAUUGUGAUAUAUGUUUGUGCCAUCACUGUGGGAGUCAUGUCAUACUACAUGGCUGACCGGAAGCAUCGGAAGGCAUUCCUGGAGGCGAGACAGUCACUGGAGGUCAAGCUGAACCUGGAGGAGCAGAGCCAGCAACAGGAGCGUCUCCUGCUCUCCAUUCUUCCAAAGCACAUAGCUGAUGAGAUGCUUCAGGACAUGAAGAAGGAGCCAAGUCAGAAAGAGAUGCAGCAGUUCAACACCAUGUACAUGUACAGACAUGAAAAUGUCAGUAUUUUGUUUGCAGACAUCGUUGGCUUCACCCAGCUGUCAUCAUCUUGCAGCGCUCAGGAGCUGGUCAAACUGCUUAAUGAACUCUUUGCUCGAUUUGACAAGCUGGCUGCAAAAUAUCACCAGCUGCGGAUAAAGAUCCUGGGAGACUGCUACUACUGUAUCUGUGGGCUGCCAGACUACAGGGAGGACCAUGCUGCCUGCUCCAUCAUGAUGGGCUUGGCCAUGGUGGAAGCCAUCUCGUACGUCCGAGAGAAAACCCAGACUGAUGUUGACAUGCGGGUUGGAGUGCACAGUGGCACAGUCCUGGGUGGAGUGCUGGGCCAGAAACGCUGGCAGUAUGAUGUUUGGUCCACAGACGUCACUGUGGCCAACAAAAUGGAAGCUGGAGGGAUACCAGGUCGUGUUCACAUCUCACAGAGCACCAUGGAGUGUCUUCAUGGGGAGUUUGAUGUGGAGCCAGGUAAUGGAGGGGACCGUUGUGACUACCUGAGAGAGAGAGGCAUCGAGACUUACCUGGUUGUUGUUCCUAAAGGACCUUUAGGCAAGAGUGGCAUAAAUGGUGUGAAGCUGUCUGUAACAUCAUCCAAUGGAAACUCUCCACUGUUAAUCAACACCACAGAGUGUAACGGCAGUGUUAACACAGCCUGCACCACACCAGAGGAACCAGAAGAACUGGAUGCAAGGGUGGUAAAUCCUUCUUUCCCUAACCCUCGGAGAAGGCUACGGCUACGGGACCUGGCUGAAAGGGUGAUCGAUGCUCAGGAGAAUGAACAGGAGCUCAACAAACUGCUAAAUGAGGCUCUGCUGGAGAGAGAGACAGUUCAAGUUCUGAAGGGGAAACACACCAACAGGCUCUCGCUGAGAUUUGUGGAUCCAGACCUGGAAACUCGUUACUCUGUGGAGAAGGAAAAACAGAGCGGAGCAGCCUUCUGCUGCUCUUGUGUGGUUCUGCUCUUCACUGCAGUAAUGGAGGCCCUCAUAGACCCCUGGCUGAUUGCAAACUACAUCACCUUUGCAGUGGGGGAGGUCCUGCUGCUUGUCCUGACAAUCUGUUCCCUGGCUGCCAUCUUUCCUCGAGUAUUUCCCAAGAAGCUAGUGUCUUUCUCCACCUGGAUUGACCACACCCGUUGGGCUCGUAACACCUGGGCAAUGGCAGCUAUAUUCAUCCUCACCAUGGCUGACAUCAUGGAUAUGCUGAGUUGUCUGCCUGAAGUUCCAGAUUCCGGCAGCACCACAGUCGCUCCCUCCUCUUCCUCUUCCUCCUCCACCUGGUCUGGCCUUGAAGGUUGCCUGAACAACCCCAAAUAUUACAGCUACAUUGCUGUGCUGGCACUGAUGGCCACCAAUAUGCUGGUUCAGGUCAGUCACAUGGUCAAGCUCACACUGAUGCUGCUCAUCACAGUGGCCACUGGUAUCGUUAACAUCUACAGCUGGAAGGACAUCUUUGACCGCUAUGACAUGGCCCGCUUCCAGGAUUACAGGUCAUAUCUGGUGCCCUCCAAGUUCACAAUGACAAUUAUGAUCUUCAUUAUGAUGGGCAGCUUCUAUUAUUUCUCAAGACACGUAGAGAAACUUGCACGCACCCUUUUCCUCUGGAAGAUUGAGGUCCAUGAGCAGAAGGAGAAAGUGUAUGAGAUGAGGCGCUGGAACGAAGCAUUGGUGACCAACAUGCUGCCUGAACAUGUGGCUCGACACUUCCUGGGUUCCAAGAAAAGAGACGAAGAGUUGUACAGCCAGUCUUACGAUGAGAUCGGAGUCAUGUUUGCUUCAAUCCCCAACUUCUCUGACUUUUACACAGAAGAGAGCAUCAAUAAUGGUGGUAUUGAAUGCUUACGGUUUCUCAACGAGAUCAUCUCAGACUUUGACAGUUUAUUGGAUGAGCCUCAGUUCCGCUGCAUCACAAAAAUCAAGACCAUUGGCAGCACCUACAUGGCAGCAUCAGGUGUCACCGCAGACGUCAGCAAUGGCUACUCCUGCAUGAAGAAAGAGGAGCAGUCUGACAAAGAGCGCUGGCAGCACCUGGCAGACCUAGCAGACUUUGCUCUGGCCAUGAAAGUCACACUCAUGAACAUCAACUAUCAGUCAUUCAACAACUUCAUGUUACGCAUCGGUCUGAAUAAGGGAGGGGUGCUAGCAGGAGUGAUUGGAGCCCGAAAACCCCACUAUGAUAUUUGGGGCAACACUGUGAACGUGGCAAGUCGCAUGGAGUCCACAGGGGUGAUGGGAAACAUCCAGGUGGUGGAGGACUGCUACAACAUCCUAAAGGAGUACAGCUUCCGCUUUGUGAGGAGGGGACCCAUUUUUGUGAAAGGGAAAGGGGAGCUGCUCACUUAUUUUCUGAAAGGAAGAGACAAACAAGGUUCAUUUAUCAACAGCUCCUCUGUGACUCUGCCACACCAGGUGGUAGACAGCUAAGGACUACACAAAAACCCACUCACUCACUCACUCACUCACUCCACACACAAACAUUCCCACUCCUCAUCUUGUGAUGUGAUGAAUGCAGAGAGGGGAAAAGAAUUUUCGGAAUUAGAGGUCACUUGCCUAAAAACGCUCAGAUACCUGGACUUAAUAGAAAGAAACACUUCAUACCUCAUUACUUUUUACUAAAGAAAUAUUUGUUCUGCAUCUGUAGAAAAGGUUCAGGCUCUGUUUGACUUUGAGCUUCAUUUUCAGGAACCACAAAGUUCAAAACAAGAAUGAUAAUAUCUAUAACAUCUUAGCAGCUGUUUAUACAAAUUUGAAAAUGUGAAAUAUAGAUUUUACAUCCAAUAUUAAGAUUUUUUUAUAGAAAACCUACAUUUACACCAAAGUGAUUUGAAAAUGACCCAUCACUAAAAUUUCUGUAAAUUUAAUAAAGUCUGACAUAUCCUGAAAAUGACCAAACAAAUCAAAUAUCCAGCCUUUUUCUGAUAGCAACAGUGACCUUUUUACAUACCUUACUAUGGUAUGUAGUCUUGACGACAGUUUAAGGUGCCCAUGAAUCUUUAGGAGGAGACAAACUUGAAGCUUGCAGCUUGUUUUCUCCUUUGACAUAGCAAAAGUGAAUAAUGCUCUCUUAACACUGACAGUGUCUGCUGGAAAUUAAAACAGCUUCCAUGCUGAGUAAUGCUUGCAGAUUUGUCAGACUGUAUGUCCGACACACAGCUGCCUGUGCUUCAUCUGUCCAAAAUCUGAAAACUGUUUCAGCAGCUACUUAUGUCAGUUUCCAUGUCCAUGUCUUUAUCCAUUAUUUUGCCAGUCUACAAACAACAAAUGUCUCUCAAAUAUAUGAGUACUAUUCGCUUGCUCGCUUGCUCUCUCUCUCUCACUCACACACACACACACACACACACACACACACACUGACACAUACACACAUUAGUCUUUUGGCAAACACACCAGUUUUGAUGCCAUCUUCUCAGCACAUGAACACUAAAUGGGCAUUGGACAUCUGGCAGAAAUUUUGGAGAUCACUACCUAUUUACACAAUACUUCUGUGGAAACCUGACAGAAUGAUGUGAGUGAAGAUUUUCUGUGCCUGAUGACAGGACUAUUUGGAAGUGGACCAGUGAGUGGCUAGAGUGUGACAAUACAGACUGAAAUGCCACCUGCUGCAACCUGCUGCAUGUGUGGUUGUGGGUGUGUAGAAGAGUGUAUGCAUUACUCACAGUGUAUUUUUCCACUGCUGAAAUAUUAUUUUUCCUUAAUUCUAAUAUGGGAACAGGUGAGUUUGGUCAGUACUGCUCUCCUCUUGACUCUGGGACCUGGCACGACAUACGUCUGUGCUUUGAAACUUGUUUAGCAUACAGGAUAACAGAAGUCUGUACUGCAUGUUUUAGGAGAUGGAUGGCACACCAGAAAUAGUUAUCCGUGGCCUGGAUUGAUGCAAGUGCCUAUAACAGCUGUGAUCACCAUGUUUUAGCUUCGUUGAAGGAUCCCAUUUCUAUAGUAGGGAGAAAUUCUACCUGUCCAACCACUGUCAAAGGAGAGUUACAGUUUACUAUAUGUUGAGUUACCGUUUUGUAGCACUGGUGAUUGAUUGAUUGAUUGUCAUAGUGUUGUACAGUUAAGAGGUGAGAUGUGGAAACAAGUUCACAUAAAAUAUGUCCAUCAGGAGUAGUCAGACAGUCAGAUAGGUUAAAAACAAACCAAAAUGCUAUUCUCCUUUUUGUCAAAGAUAAAAAGAAGGCAAACAAUAAAAAAGAUAAACCAGAUUAUUGUAAACAUCUACACACUUCCCACUUUAUCUUGCUCAAUGUAAAUUGUCCUUUGUGUUGAGGAAUUACUGCAAUAUAUGCUAGCUAUAGGUUUAAUCUCCAAAUAAAAUGUUUUGGUUUAUCAGGACAAACUGUUGGAGUGUUUUCAAUCUAUCUGAUCAUCUGACUGCCUGCUUCUUGACCUAUUCAGUGUGUUUCACGGAUUCUAUGGUGGCAUAUGAUCUCAGCAAUUAGCUUGGUGAUCACUUAUUAGAAAAGCCCAAAAGGAUAAAACUUCCUAACUAGAAUUUUCCUUGAACAUCACAGUGGUCUUUUGUAAAAUUUGACUGUUUGGAGCAAAAAAGUCUUUUUAAGGAUUGAGAAUUCUGAAUCAUGGUGUAAAAAUUGUGAUAGUGACUGAAAGUUCAAGUUGAACUUGUUUCAUCUUUCCUUGAUGUUUGCACCACAUUUGGAUGGACCCCGUUUUUACCUGGUAAAUCCAUAUGAUCUGUACCAGUAUAAGUAUGAGGCCUCUGCUUUUACAGAUUGGAUUACAAACUUAAACUUAGUUCUUGCACUGCGGUCAGUUCUCAAAACAAUUUAUGUAGAUACAGUUAGUCAGUUGUCUUUCUGCAGCAAAUUUCCAUUUUCAUUUCCACAAAUCUGUUUACCAGAAUGAUAGUACAUGGAAAAAUCUCUUACAAUUUAAAAGUUUUAGAAUUUCACAAACUGAGAACAGAAGAGGAGUCAGGAGAAAUGUCAACCCUUUAGGUCAAAUUUACACAUUUUGUAUGAUAUACUGACACAAAUCUAAUGGAAAUACAAUGUGGAAAUGGGGUCUAACUUUUCUAGUUAAAUAUGCCCUGACAUCAUCUGUUUGUCGUCUACUGUCUGCUUGGUUGGUCUUGUAAAGGACUGCAUAUUGGUAAAUGGAUAUGGAUGUAUACAGCACAGGGCAGAUACAGAGAUUGUGCAAAUGCUUAAUAGUAACAUGAGAUAAUAAACAUUGCUCAAAAGUAAUUUACUCUUAUGAGGAGACAUCCUCUCAUAGCUUUGUUAAUUAACUUGUACACUGGAAAAACCUACCAAGGGCACAUUGGAGCUUAGAAAUCUAAAGGUAUGACAUUUCGGGCCAAUUUCAGGUAAACCAUGUAUUAAAAGGUGGGGAACAAAAGUGCACAAAAAACCCAAACAGGCCUGACUAGACAGCCUGCUCAAGUGCAGAUGCAGAGGACACAACAACUCUGACUGACUUGACUUGAAACAUAACUCCGUCAAUUUUGUAUUCUGGAUGUUCAGCGGAGUAGUGAAAUGACUGACACCUGUCAGGAAGCAGCUGCACUGCAUAUGUGUUUUCUGGGAAAAGUAUUUAAGAGGCGGCUGUUCUUUCCUCUGAUUGUAAAGCCUUUUAGUGUCUCUAUAAAAAGGAACUGAAGUGCAAUAGUUUCUCCUUAUAUGUUAGCUCUCCUCUCUUAAUGAAGGGUUCAAUCAUUCCUUCCCAUUUUACUUAUAUUUUUAUAAUGUAAUGUUUUGUUCUAUUUAAAGGGAAGAAGACUGAAUGUGUUCUCAUUGUACAUAGAGUUUAGAUAGUGUUUAUUGGUCAGAUUUACUUAAUGGAAAUGACAGGGUCAUCGUUUUUUCUUUUCUUACACAGAUGUGAAAGUGCCAAUGAUGAAAGAAUGGCUUUAGAUCUACAAACCAUAAUAGGAACCAUGGAAUUGUAUUUUAAAAGAAUCUCAGGAUCGGGAACAUAAUACCGCUUUGAACAAUCUCUUAACUUUGCUCCAGGUUUUGUUUGCAACACAAGUUUUUGAGCUAAAUACCAACUAAGGAACACUGGCAGUCCAUCUGGAAGGCCUAAACAACCAACCCAGCUGGUGACAUCCAAAAGCAACAAAACAGUUUAAUCCUGUUGUUCUUGUGGUUUUUACUGUUCCAGUUUUAAUUCUAAAUUUUGGUUCCUCUUCACAAUACUUACAGAUUGAAUUGGGCAUCUUGUACGUCUACUUAGCCCUUUCUGAAUAAUCGAUCCCAGUCCUGGUUUUUAAGUUGAAGAAUUUGUCACUGUGUCACUUCUUUCUUUCCAUUUUUUUUGUCAUCAUAAGGUCAACAGAUUAAAAAAAAAUCUAAUAAAGACAA